GCGGAAGAGUUUGCCGCGAGCAGCCGGCCUCGCGCAGCACCGUGACCCGCGCGGGGCCGCGGAGGGAGCUCGAGACCGCGGCGUCCCGCGACACAGCGCCUCCCGCCGCCGCCCGGAGGAGCUCGCGCCCACUCGCCUCCCCGCUCGGCCCGGCUCCCAGCGGCGGCGGGAGGCGCGACGCCCGGCCCGGCUCUGCCCGCCUGGCCCGCUCCGAGAUGCAAUCUUCCAUCUGUGCCCAUUGGAUCCAUGCUGCUCAGUUUAUAGACUCUAAUCAUCAGUGCUCCUUGAUGUAUCAGCUGUGAGAUUAAUAAUUGGAUUUACUGCUUUAAAUCUGGAAGUUCUUCACCUGUAAAAGGAUAUCUGAAAGUUGAAGAAAAACAUACGACUCAUACUGCAUGUAAGCACAAGUAACAUACAGCUUCCAAGAAAAACUGCAUAGAAAAUCUAAUGGAUGAAGAUGAGAAAGAUAGAGCCAAGAGCUGUGUGCUGUUUCUUUCAGGUAAGGUACAAAAAUGGAGUUCCUGUACUCAAGUGGGAAACAGAGCCUCGAGAAACAAGUCUGAGAAGAAGCGUCGGGACCAGUUCAAUGUGCUCAUCAAAGAGCUCAGCUCCAUGCUGCCUGGGAACACACGAAAGAUGGACAAGACCACCGUGCUGGAGAAGGUCAUUGGCUUCCUGCAGAAACACAAUGAAGUCUCAGCACAAACGGAAAUCUGCGACAUUCAGCAAGACUGGAAGCCUUCGUUCCUUAGUAAUGAGGAAUUCACCCAGUUGAUGUUAGAGGCAUUAGAUGGCUUCAUCAUUGUGGUGACCACAGAUGGCAGCAUCCUGUAUGUCUCAGACAGCAUCACACCGCUCCUCGGCCACUUGCCGUCAGAUGUCAUGGAUCAGAACUUAUUAAAUUUCCUCCCAGAACAAGAACAUUCCGAAGUUUAUAAAAUGCUUUCUUCUCAUAUGCUUCUGACGGAUUCCCCCUCCCCAGAAUUCCUAAAAUCUGACAACGAUUUAGAGUUUUAUUGCCAUCUUCUCAGAGGCAGCUUGAACCCAAAGGAAUUUCCAACUUAUGAAUACAUAAAAUUUGUAGGAAAUUUUCGCUCUUACAACAAUGUGCCUAGCCCCUCCUGUAACAGCUUUAACAACGCCCUUUCAAGACCUUGCCGGGUGCCACUAGGAGAGGAGGUCUGCUUCAUCGCCACUGUCCGGCUGGCGACACCACAGUUCUUAAAGGAAAUGUGCAUCGUUGACGAACCUUUAGAGGAAUUCACUUCAAGGCAUAGCUUGGAAUGGAAAUUUUUAUUUCUGGAUCACAGAGCCCCUCCGAUCAUAGGAUAUCUGCCCUUCGAAGUGCUGGGCACCUCGGGCUACGACUACUACCACAUCGAUGACCUGGAGCUCCUGGCCAGGUGCCACCAGCACCUGAUGCAGUUUGGCAAAGGGAAGUCAUGUUGCUACCGGUUUCUAACCAAAGGGCAGCAGUGGAUCUGGCUGCAGACUCACUACUACAUCACCUACCACCAGUGGAACUCCAAGCCCGAAUUCAUCGUGUGCACCCACUCGGUCGUCAGUGUGCUCUCUGGUGUCCUGAGCAGUUAUGCCGAUGUCCGUGUGGAAAGGAGACAGGAGCUGGCUUUGGAAGACCCGCCCCCUGAGGUUUUGCACCCCUCAGUGCUGAAGGACAAGGGCUCCAGCCUGGACCCCCAGCAGCACUGUACCACACUGGACACUGGUGCCCCGGGCCUGAACGCCAGUCCUUCACCAUCUGUGUCCUCAAGGAGUUCCCACAAGUCCACACACACGGCUAUGUCGGAGCCUGCCUCCACUCCGACCAAGCUGAUGGCCGAGGCCAGCACCACCUCUUUGCCAAGAUUGGCCACCUUGCCCCAAGAGUUACCGGUGCCCGGGCUCAGCCAGGUGGCCACGAUGCCAGCACCUCUGCCUUCCCCAGCAUCCUGUGACCUCACGCAGCAGCUCCUGCCUCAGACCAUUUUGCAGAGUCCGCCUGCCCCCAUGGCACAGUUCUCCGCACAGCUCAGCAUGUUCCAGACCAUUAAGGACCAGCUGGAGCAGCGGACGCGGGUGCUGCAGGCCAACAUCCGGUGGCAGCAGGAAGAGCUCCACAAGAUCCAGGAGCAGCUGUGCCUGGUGCAGGACUCCAGCGUACAGAUGUUCCUGCAACAGCCGGCCGUCUCCCUGAGCUUCAGCAGUGCCCAGCAGCCAGAGGCACAGCAGCAGCUGCCACAAAGGGUGGCUGCCGCAGCUCAGCCCCAGCUCAUGACAAGCCCCCAGCUUCCAGGGCAAAUGGCCUCGGCCCAGGUCACAAGCCAGCACCUGCUCAGAGAAUCCACCGUGAUUGCAAGCCAGGGUCUGAAGCCCAUGAGAAGUCCCCAGGUGAUGCAGGGGAGCAGCCGCUCAGCCAGCAGCCUGCCGCCCCCCUUUGGCAGCACUGCAGCACUGCUGCCCCCGGCUCUGAGCCUGGCUGCCCCCGUGCCCACCUCCCAGGAUGCCAGCCAGUGCCAGCCAGGCCCUGACUUCAGCCAUGACCAGCAGCUCAGGCUGCUGCUGAGCCAGCCCAUCCAGCCCAUGAUGCCUGGGUCCUGUGACUCAAGGGCACCCGCAGAGGCCAGCAGGACGGGACAGCAUGUCAAGAGCAGGUUCGCACCGAGCCAGGCCGAGUUUCCAAGUCCAGACUCACACCCGGCCAGCAGCAGCGCUGUGACCCCUGUCCUGCUGAUGGGGCAGACGGUGCUGCACCCCAGCUUCCCCGCCUCCCAGCCGGCCCAGCAGUUGCAGCUGAACUACCUGCAGGCACCAACCUCUCUGCACAGUGAGCAGCCGGACUCACUGCUCCUCUCCACCUACUCCCAACAGCCAGGAACCCUUGGCUAUGCCCCGCCGUCUUCUGCACAGCCCCAGCCCACGCGCCCAUCCCGCAGGGUCAGCCGUCUGUCAGAGUCGUCAGGCCUCCAGCAGCCACCUGGGUAGUGCCCUGGCAUUGGAUUCGGACAUGAUCAGCUUUAACCAGUGGAUGAGGGGUGGUGACAGGAGACAGGGAGAGGGGUCUGAGCGAAAGCUCUGCCUUCCAGGCACCUGCGUACAUUUCAGAGCUCCUGGAUGCACAGUGCAAGGCCAUAUUUCCCAUGCUGCAAGGUCCUUGGGCACCCUCUACAGCCAUACUGGACAGAACUGAGUGCCCUGGUAGGUGGCAUGACUCAGUUUACCUGCAGUGGUAGCACCCUGGCCACCUCCCUGGAGAGUGCACCGGUUACUCCAUAGAGUGGCUCUGUCCCCAUGCUCUAGCCAGCCUUCACUCUCUCGAUUGUUUUUCCUUUGCAUUGGAGAAGGACAGGGUCCAAAAUCUGUUGCAGAGAGAGAAUAAAGAGAUUAUUUUUCAUUAUUUUUAAAUGGUUGUUUUUGUUUUGUUUUAAUUUGCACAGCUGCACCGAGGAAAUAACUUAGGCAUUUUCUGUUCUUAAAAAUAAUAAGGUCUAGGGGCUUGGGGAUUUGGCUCAGUGGCAGUGCACCUCCCUGGCAAGUGCAAUGUCCUGCAUUUAAUUCCCAGUACCACACACACAAAAAAAAAUAAUAAUAAUAAUAAUAAUAAUGUCUCAUGACUUUAUUUGGAGCCCACAGCAACAAAAACAGCUCACCAAUCAGAUGCCAAGGCUUGUUGUUUUAACCAAGCCGUAGACCUAUUCCCUCUGCAGACCCCAACCCUAAUGGAAUGAAGCUCUUCAGCCCAUUCCCUACCUGGUGAUUCCCUCUACAUAUAACACUGGAUGAUUUCCUGUUUACUUUGUUGAUUGCAACUAUAAAGGUGGACUCCAAGCAAAGCACAGUCUUGCAGCACCUGGUUCAGAAUUCUGUAGAGAACUCUUAAGAGGGAGAGGUUUCCCAGGCCAGGUACCCACCCCAGGCGUACAGACCCCAGGGUCCCCCUUGAGCGAGGAUGCUGUGUCUGGACUUAUUCAUGAUGAUUCCAAGGAUUGGGUUUUUCCUUUUCAAAUGCACUUUGCUUUUUUGUAUGUUUUGUUAUGUUGGGAUGUUUCUAAAGAAAAGAUUUUAUGUAAUUAUAAGAUGAAGUGUAGUGAAUUGUACAGCUGUUGUAAUAAUGACCUAUUUCUAUAUAAAAUAAAAUUGUAUGGAUUAUGUGUAAAUUAUUUUGUAUUUGAGGCGCCAGUUCUUUUCCCAAAUAUAAAAAUACAAAGUU